CCGUCAGAUAAUAAACUUUCGAUGUUUAACCAGAGUGACUUAGCUAUGCUUACGCUCACACUUACUGUAAAUAGUAUUCCCCGUGAAAUGGUGAGCUAAUCGGAUAAGGAAAUGGAUACCAGCCUACAGUCAUAUGUCGCGAGGGUCUUUUUUCUGGUUUUCCUAGUAGCUGGAAGUAUAGAGUCAGCAACUGUUCCAUCAUCCCCUGCGCCUGCGAUACAAGACAGAAACACUACAGUGACUUCAAACCCAUCCACAGAAGACCCAAUCACUGCUCAGUAUGAGGCGGUUGUCAUAGAGAUCAAAGGGAUGACCAAAACACAGUUCGAGAACAAAUGGUCAGAGUUCCCCCGAGAGGUUUUGGACUCCGUGUCUUCGUACUGCAAGCUUUGGUGCAAUGCCGACAAAUGUAAAUCCACCUCUAGGAAAAAAAGGAGCGCGGAGCCUGCGUUUGAUGGCGUCUUCCUAGUGCCUGGUUACCCAGUCGAGUAUUCUAACACUCUAUUAGUCGCAAUCUACGUGACGUCUUCUCAAGGAUACACCCUUCCAAAAGACGCGUUGCGUGACAUUAUCUUGAGUUUUCGUGACACCCUCAGUGACACCCUGGGGAAACAGAUAGACGGCGUGGCGAGACUGUACAUCCCUACCCGCACCCCACCCCCCAAGGGGUCGUGGUGGUCAAGAAAGAUGCUAAUUCUGACAUAUUUCAUCGGGGCGUUUCUGGGCUUGGUCCUGCUGAGUUGUAUACUUUGUGUGCUCUUGUAUCGGUGUGGUAAGCGUGCUGACCGCGCGAAUACGGUGAUACCGCUGACCAACAGUACCGCGCUACAUAUACUCGAGCCCGUUGCCACAGCAAGCUUGCCGGUAGUUCAAGCUAAUGGUAUUCCCAAUGGGGUUAAAAAAGCACCUUCUAAGAAGAAAAGAAUCCCUAAAAAGACGCCGUCGUCGCGUGUGGCAACCGUCGCACCAUUGCAGCAAACGGGAAAAGCUUCAAGCAAUCAGGCGCGUAGUUGAGAGAGAGAGAAAGAGAGAGAGAGAGAGAGAGAGAGAGAGAGAGAGAGAGAGAGAGAGAGAGAGAGAGAGAGAGAGAGAGAGAGAGAGAGAGAGAGAGAGAGAGAGAGAGGGCGUCCGAAAGGGGGGGGGGAGCAACCCCUAACGAAUGCCAAAAAUGGAGCAUUUCUUACUGAUUCCCCAGUCGCAAUUGACACUAAGUAGGGGGCAUGAGGACAAGUUGGGGAGUCGAGAAAAAUUAAGAGGGUUACUUUGCCGGCUUCACAGAACAAAACGAAGAUGUCACUCAUUCACUAGCUAAACGAUACCACAACCCUUUGUAAAUAAGUCUCGUGCCCAACAAUAGCAUCGGUAAUAGCAGAAAACCCGAAUAUCUUGUUUAGAAAACUGCCCGAGAGUAGCCUGGAAAAGAGGGUAUCUUUUGAAGUGUCAUAGAAAAUAGUGUUUGAUAUUUAUAUGUGAAUAGAUUAUUUAGUUUUUAUUGUCGAUAAAAGAUUUAUUAUUUGUUGUUGCCCACACACAAAAAAAAUUUUGGAAAUAGUAAUUUGUGUUUUAUCAAGGUUUUAUCAAACGUCACAGAAUAUAACUCGGAGUUAUUGCCUAUUGCAUCACGGGAAAUCUUAUUUUUCAAAAUGCACCAAUUUCUUCUAAACAACGAUAUUUCGAUAAAAAGAUUAUUCUGUCACUUACCGUCUGUAUCGUUAUGUCGCGGUUCCAUUGUACACGAGUUUCUAAGCAAACUUUUGAUGAGAUAAUGAAGCACUAUCACAAAACAACAGCUCAAAAACAGCGCGUUUUAUUCUUUACCGAUGUUGUGUCUUGAACAAUAAUAGAGACCUGCACACGUGCAUUAAGAUACCACUUCCAUGGUGACUGAACGGGAUCCCCAAGUGACCCGCGGCGCCCGCAUAGACCUCGAUAUCUUUUACAUUACGUCACAGCGAGCUGUGUGUGGCGUAACCGUAUAAGACUAAGGUCUUAAGGGCUGGGAACCUGGGUAUUGCCUCCCUAUUAAUGCGCUGGUGCCUCGGUGCCUGUGUGUUACACAGUCCGCUAGAUAGCGGUGCUGGGGCCGAAAUCUCCAGCAAAUCUCCGAAAUCUCCAGUAAAGCUCUCCAGUAAGCUGUUGAUUCAGCGCAUGUCUGGAUGUAUGGUCUAUAUUUUUUUUGCGUUUUUAGUUUACAUAAACAAAGAGCAAAGAGGCAAAGAGCAUAUUGUUUCAUGUAUUUUUUUUCUUCUAUCCCACUUUAGUGCUGGCAGUUUUUUUUUUUUUACCGUGGUGAUCCUCGUUACUAAAUCUUCUUGGUUAUCAGUUACUAAUGGCAAAGGGGUGCGGGAAUUGUGAAUAACAAAAAAAAAAAAAAAAAACGAAAUUGCCUAUUUGAUGCAUAUAAUUGGGGAGUACGGCUGGAAAUACGUCAACAUAUUUUCUUUUAACAGCGAUAUUAACUGAUAGAUGUGGCAUAUUUAAACUUAAUAUCUUUUUCAGUGAAACAUUGCAUUUUUUUUAUAUUUGGUUAAAAGUUGCUUUGAAAAAUAAAUAAAUACAUAUAUAACUUACGGUUUGCUCAUCGCAGACUUACUUGGUUAUAAACACAGGCUUGCAGGUGGCAAAGCAGAAUAUGUACAGCUUAGUUCAUAACAUAUUGAAUGUUUUCUUUGUAUGGUACAAUGUCUAGGCAUUGUGUAUUUAACGUCAUUAAAAAGUGUGUUAUAACAUCUAACUGCGGUUUUAAAUCAUCUCUCCACAUCCCUUGAAGCGUUUUCAUUGGUUAGCAUAAUAAUUUCCAAUUACGCUCUUUUACCGCAAGUCAAGAAGAAGAACCACUAAAAGGAGUUGUGUUAGUUUGAAUGACGGAACAGAAAUGUGGACUUUAGAAGCACACUAGCAUACACACAUUGGCACCAGUCGGGCCAAGACGGGACGCUAGCACAGUCUAUUACCCGUGCAGUUCGGCAACCAUGGACAGCUGUUUCGUCCUUAUUAGGACUCGUCAGCAUGGCAUAGAAAUGCCUUAUUCUGUUCCAGUUUUUAGGAGCUCGAGAAAUUAAAAGAAAAAGAAAGGGCUGCAAA